AUGCUGACACUUGCUCUCUUUAAAGGGGCUUCAACAGGAGGAAAAGGAGACCUGAGAGAUGCCAUCCUCAAUGAUUUGCUUUCAAAAUGGAAUAAAGACGGCGGUUUGAAUCCUCAUCAGACCCCUUCUAUUCCAGAAACAAGUCAAGAACACCGUGUGCACCCUUUAGUGAGGAAUAUCAUGGGAGGGUUGAAAAAACUUGGUCUGCUGACGAGCAAAAACAUGGGCCUGCCCUCCCUAAACAAACUGACGGACAGGCACCGUCUGUCUGGUUUCCUCUACAACAUUUCACUGUACCUCCAAGAGAUGGGCGCUGAACUAGAGGACAUACAGACUGGGUUCGAUGAAGAACAGCUGUGGGAGAAGGUCUUGCACUCCUUUAUCAUGUCUGAAGGGGGUGCUACGCUAAACCAGUGGAAUGAGCAUGUGCCACCGAGACCGAGCAUAAGACUCCAGGAUUGGUUUUUGUCCCUGAGAGGAAGCCCACACUGGGACUGGCUCCUGGGACUGCUGCAGAGUCUCAUCUCGUUCUCUGAGCGGCAGCCUCACAGACCCCUCCUGGCUUUCUUAUCUCAAAACUGGAAAACAGUGAGUGCUGUACUGGAGGCUGUGCUACAGGGGCUAGUCAGUGGGACCUACGGACAGGCCAGUGCAGGCCUGCAGGGAUUCAUUUGUGCACUGAAGGGUCGUAAUGACUGUGCCUUCAAUGUUAGUUGGCUUCAGCGGUUGCUUCUCUUCUUAGAGACUCACAACUGGAAGCCUGUGGUCAGUCUGCACCCAGCAGGUGAGGGGGGAGACCAGAAUAGGGGUUCAUCAGCAUCUGGCCGUUUAAAGCCCUUCAGCUUGCCUCCUGAAGCGGUGAGGGAGGACCCUGUGUUGUCUAGAAAUGCCUCUCUGGGAGACACAAUGGACACAUGGGAUAUAGGAGAUGAUAUAGGCUCUAUGCAGACCUUACUAUUACAGGCACUAUCACGCACCAGUGGGGGAGAGAGGUCAGUGCAUUUGGCAGAGAAAAACCCUGUUCUUGUGCAGAGGUUAGAUGGGUUGAGGAGAGGUCUUUUCCACAGGGUGGGUAGUUCUGUCUACAGUAACCUGAGGAAGAAGGUGUCAAGAGUCACCAUGGCACUUCUUGAUGAUGUAAGCAGUCUGGUGGAUGUGCCACACCCUAAUCCACAGGGGAGGUGCUCAGUAGGUGACCUGCGACAACUUAUCCUAUGGGGAAUAAGACAUAAUGUGACAUGGAACACCCAGGCUUUAGGCUUCACCUCCCAGGGUCUCCCCAGUACCCCUCCAUUCCUGUCCUGCCCACCAACUGGGGGCCAUGAAGUAAGGUCCAGACUACCUCCACCUCACCCAGCUCAUAAAACCACCCAAUCCCAACGAAUCCUCAGACAAAACCACCGACAUGAGCCCCAGCACAAACCUCACCGCUCCCGGCUCAACCUGCUGCAGAACAAGGAAGUGGAGAUGGGCAAAGAGCACCAGAGAGAGGCUGAGUACUCAGCUACAGCUGAGAUCCUGGAGGCGGCGUGUAAUGCAUCCAUCCCGGGCUUGACAGGAGUCUCCAACUUCACUGUAUUCCUCUACUGCAACCUUUUUGAAAUAGAAGAUGGGUCAGUUGACCCUCCAAUGGGCCAAGUGGGUCUUGACCUACAUGCCACUUGUUCUGAUGCAGCCUGGUACCUGUCUGCGGCUGAGGAGGACCUCCUAUGGGUACAUGUUUGUAGUGAGUUUUUUGCCCACGAGUUCAACACCACAGUGUGUGCCAACUCUUCUUUCUGGCUGCAGAGAGCACAUCAGGCAGUGUCUACAAAGGAGUAUAAUUAUUUCAACCAGUCGAGUAUUGAUGACUUGUGUUCGCACUUGUCAGCAGAGGCCAUUUGGAAUCCAGAACCUGAUAAGAACUGUUUGUCUCAACUGGGCAGCAGGUCGCUCAGCGCUCAAGAAUUCCAGCGCUGCUUCUUGCCCAAUAACUCUGUCCUGAUCUCAGCUCUUUGUGGAAGCGAGUCACCCGACCUCCACCAGUCCAUCCUGGAGAGCAGCUGGGCUGCAGAUUAUUGCUCCAAAAUAUACAAUGUCUCCCAUACAGAUGCCAUGGAGGAGACCUGUAACUACAGGAAGUGGGCUGUGCACCAGUUCUCUAACUCCACCCUCCUGGAGCUGUGCAUGCAUGCACAUGGGCUGAGAGAGUACAUCUGUCAGAAUGCCUCACUCUAUUAUCAGCAGUUAAAAUUCAAACCCAACUUCUCUGACAUCUGUACUGACUUAGAAGCAGAGCUGGAGGGCAGGAAGUGCUUCCUGCAGAGAUUCUUUGACAUGCUCCCAGCUCCGUAUGACUUUGACACAUCUCAGCUGUGUGUGAAUCCAGCCCCACUGCUGGCAGAAGCCCUCCAUAGGUUGAGUGUGUGCGAAGUUGAGGGUGGAGAGCAUGGAGGCUGGAUAGGAGCAUUGGGGUAUGUGUUGCGAGUGCUGGACUUCAUGGUGGGACUCUCUGCAGGUCUGGAAGAAGGGGAGGGAGAGGCGAGACAAGGGUUGGGCCAGGCCAUCCUUCUCUCCAGCCUCCUCGACAACACCUCAUUCUGGGCCACACUGCAGCCGGAAGCUUCCAUGAGUGUGCUUCAAACUGUGGGCAUGUUCCUUCGCAGAGAGAAGAACCCCUCUCUCAAAGAGGACCUGUUAAGUUGCUUCAGUCCUAUCUUGUGGGAGCUCAUUCAGCGAGAGGAUAACUCCUCUGCCCUCAGAGUUCUGAUGCAGGAGUAUCUCCGGAUGCCAAGAGAGAGCAUUCGCACUCUUGUGAUGUCGGCUGAAAAAGAUGCUGUCAAGAGAUUUCUUUCUCAUAUGCACCAAAGUUGGGAUCAGCUUCAAGUUGAAACCACACAGGCUUCACAAAAAGAGUUACAAGCCAUGGAAACGAUGACGGCUGCCUUCAUUCACAAGUUCCCACGUGUGACCCCUGAGCUUUUUGUGGACCUGUCUCAGUUCAUCCCCUUCAUGUCUGUCUCUGACAUCAUGAGCUUCCCAGCCUCCCUGAUGGUCAAUGACAGUGUGUUGUUGGCCAUUCGUGACCACAGCUCAGAGAUGAAGUCUCCGCAGAAACAGGCCUUUGUAAAGAGACUUCUACAGUCGAGCGUGGUGGGGGAUGUCCCCACAUGGCCACCAUACUUUCUCAGUUCCAUCCUCCCGCUACUCCCUUACCUCCCAGUCAGUCAUUUUCAACAGCUGACAUCGCACCAGCUUCGUCCUCUUGUGGAGUUGUUGGGCAACAGUAGCCUGGAUGGCACCAGGGGGCGUCAUGUGCUGCGCACUGUGUUGAACACAAGGAAGAAUCUCACUAGUGACGACAUACUGAGGUUAGGGACUCUAGUAUGCUACCUGCAUCCAGUGGACCUCCGUCCAUUUCUUCAGGUCUCAUCGCUGUCCUCGGCUCUCUUGCAGCAACUGGGCCAUUGUAUAUCUAAGGGAUUCAUCAGUGCCAGUGGCAGGCUAUCUUCUUGGUUGAUCCCAGCGGUUCAGAAGCUGAAUGCCAGCAGCAUGUCUUCUGCAGACCUGCCUACCCUGGUUGGUCUGUUACCUGAGCUAGGAGCCCCAUUCCUCCAGUCACUCCCCACCCAACAGCUCCUGGAACUCCUCACACAACCUGGACUACAUCCUUACUCCCCAUCUCAAGCUUUUCAGAUAUUAUCCAGGAUUUCAAAAGACACCAAUCUUACCCUGGAAACCCUGUGCAGGUUGAAGCCAUUGCAUGCAGGUCUCUCUCCGUCUGCGCUGAGAGACCUGCAUUUGUCUGAGAUCAGUAGGAGUACUGACUGCCAGUGCUGGAGAGGCCUGCUGACCGAGCUGAGGCCUGGCCACAGAGCAAUGCUUUACAGUGCAUUGCAGAAGGCUCUAGAUCAAGGCUUGAAGAAUAUCACUUUGAAGGUAGAUUGCUUUUUGCCGUUGAUCCCUUUAAAGAAGCUGACAGAAGCUGUGAACGGAGACACAAUACUGAGAGACAUCAGCAUCUAUAGAGACCUGCGCUGGUCUCCACAACAGGCCCAGUUUCUGUUUAAGAAGAUUAAUGAACUUGAAAACAUUACAGGAGCAUCUGUUGGGAAAUUGGGUCACAUUGCUAGUGGAAUGACUUGUGAUUGGUUGAGGCUUUGGACCAAUGACACAGAUUUCUUAGAGUUGCUGCAGUUUGUCAGUGAGCUACACGGGGGUAUGAGAGCUGCUCUGAGGAAAUGUGUGGUAGAAGAAUUAAGCAAGCAGCCAGAAAUAGACCUUGAUGUUCUGAAUGCUUGGUUUACUGCAAGAUUACCUGUAAAGAUGAUAGAAAGGCUCUCUAAUAUAUCUCUCAGGGCUAUCCUGGAUUACAUUCAGGGCCACUUUCCUGAUUUCUUGAAACUUCCACGUUACAGGCAGAUGAAUUUAGCAGAGAAGGCUAUUGCUGUGCUGGGCUCCUCGCAGACUCUUGCUGAGGGGCAGAUAAGAGGUGCCACUCUGGACCUACUGGGUCCCUUUCUCCCGUUCUUGGACCGAGAUAGUUUGGCCGUGGUGGAGAGAGGUGCCCUAGCUCUGCGGCUAGAUGAAAUGAGAGGCUACUGCCUACCUGGAGAGGCUCUGAGAGAUCUCCGUGUCCUGCUUACUGAUCUGCUUGGGGAGCCAUCGAAGUGGGAUGUUGGGGAUGUGGAACAUUUGGGCAGAUUGGUGUUUUCUCUCUCUUCAAAGCAGAUCAAGUCCAUUCCACUGUCGGUGUUGAAUAAAGACACAGUGGAGCAGGUCCUGGUGGCUCAGAAACACUGGGAGGACAGUGACGUGGGCCGAGUCUGCGUGACCCAGUGUAUGGAUCAGCACAGCCUCAGAAAGCAGACCCAGAGCCUUAUUCGAGGGCUCGUCAAUGCACGAAGCAGAAGAGCAAAAGUGCCAGUUCCAAGCUGUGCUGAUAUCAGAGGGACAUUUUCCUCUGCUUGGACAUCCACUCAGCUGAGCCGUAUGUCAGCGGAGGAUCUGAAAAAGUGCAUAGAAGUGGUGGGUGGGGACAGUUCACUGAGCUCUGAGCAACGUCGAUCGCUGUGGUUAAAGCUCAGGCCGGCCUACAGUCCGGUGAGAGCCCUGAAGCCAGAACAGGUGCUGGCUCUGGGUUCUGUGGUGACUGAACUGGGGGAGAGAGAGCUACAGGAUGUCAAUCUUACUAAUCUAGGCGUAUUGGCACAUAUUGGUACACUGAAAGACUGGAGCCAUAAAAAAAUGAGAGCGGCAAUUCUAGGUGUGAUGCGGAGAUGUAAGCUAAAAGUGGAGCAAUUAACAACCUUAGAUCUGGCAACACUUGGCCAUCUGAUCUGUGGCCUGUAUCCAUCAGAGAUCAACAGACUGAACCCCUAUAGCUUGAGUAUGAGUGUCCUGUUCCUGCGGGAGAUGAGCCUACCAUGUACAGAACAGCAGAUGGAGGUGCUGACUAGCCGAUUCUCCAGCCCCGAGGCCUUUGGUCCAGUCAGUGCCUGGGGACCAGAAGUCUUCACUGAGAUUGGGACAUUGGCAGUGGGCCUGGAGGACAUGGCUCUGUCAGCUUUGGUGGAAGAGCAAAUGGAGGGAAUCACCCCUGAGACCAUUGCUCUGUUUCCACCAAAGAAGAUGGCGGUGGUGUUCAGUGCAACUCAGUUGUCUUGGCUGAGUGUGGAACAGGCAUGGGCUGUCACUGAGGAGCAGUGGGCAGAACUGGACCAUGGUCAGAGACACGCACUUGGCCUAGCUCAGUACGAAGGAGAUGUCUUGCAUGAAAUAAGAGGAAGGAACUUGGCUCCAACAUCAGGCACCCUUACUAUAUUCUUAUUGGCUCUAUGCCUUAUGUUAUGGCAACUAUUCUAA